AUGUCUCCGUCGCCUUUUACGCAGUCAUGGGGGAAACUGACCUGCACAGAUCCCAGGCUAGGAGGGGACGUCGAGAUGUUCUUUGAUAUUAAAAAGAGCUGCUAUCUAAUUGGCCGGGAUGAGGAUGCCAACGACUACGCCAUCCUACUCGAUAUCAUCAGCCACGAGCAUCUGUCCAUCCAACGCAAGGCACGACCGGAUGGAAGCAUUUACAUCAUGAUUCAUGACAAAUCCAGCAACGGGACGUUCGUGAGCAGUAACGGAGCAUUCGUCGAUGAAGACAGGAUCAAGCGUGGCAAGAGACGAGAGAUCAAGAGCGGUGACAUGGUCAUGUUGGCAAGAGCUGAGCCGCCCCUUGAUGGUGACUCAUUUAGUCGCACAUAUAACCUCCUCGAUUCAAUUGGAAAAGGAGGUUUUGGCGUUGUUAAAUUGGCACGCCAUUGUCGGACCAACAAGAUAGUCGCUAUAAAGAUCAUUCCAAAGGAACCGGGCUCUUUGACCUUCCAAGGCGAGAAUGAUGUGAGGGAAGCUCGCCUGCUGAGCGAUCUACAACACCCGAACAUAGUGGAAUUCAUCGCCCUUUGGAACUCAAAUAGCGAGCGCUGCUAUUAUGUUGUAAUGGAAUAUGUGUCCUAUGGAGACCUCAAUAAACUUCUGCACGAGCGUAAACGACUCAAGGAAGAAGAUGCCCAAGCGGUCAUGAUUGAUAUGUGCGAUGCCAUACGAUUCCUACACAGUCGCAACAUUGUGCACCGCGAUAUCAAACCAGCGAAUAUCCUCAUCGCUUCUAUGCAGCCGCUAGUGGCAAAGUUAGCAGACUUUGGUCUGGCUAAAGCUGUCCCAGAUGGUGCUUUCUUGCAUUCUUAUUGCGGUACAGUUGCAUACAUGGCUCCCGAAGUCAAGGGAAUAGCCGGAUUACCGUUUAGGCGCAGCUACGAUGAAAAGGUCGACAGCUGGAGUCUUGGUGUGACGCUGUUCCUCAUGUUGACUGGCGAAUUGCCUUUCAUGGCUGAUGGAGGGGAAAACCGUUAUCAAAUUAAGUGGAGUAUUUUGCGCGCGUAUGCGAGCGAGUGUGUAAAGGAUUUGAUCGUGUACAUCCUUCGACCUAAUCCUGCCGAGCGCGUUUCUGUUUCCCAAAUUCCAACCCACACCUGGCUCCUCCCCUUAUGGCAAGAACGCGAGGUGCUGAGGGGUCACGUCAAUAUAGGGCGCGGAGCGCGUGAUGUGGAGGAAGAGUCGAGGCAGGAAGAGAAGCUAGCGAUGAGACUCCGCAGAGCUGCAGAAGUAUCCAAGAGAAGCUCGGGGCUUCGUCUAGCAGACGAAGGAGCCAAGAAGAAGCCGGCUUGGGUCCUUCAGGCUACAGUGUUCGCGUUCGUCAGAGCUCGAACCAGCGAGGAGGCAAUUAGACCUCACCUAGUAGAAGUCCAAGAACUCCUUGAAGAUACGUACCUCGCUCUAGCAGGCUUGGUCCUCGUGCGAGUCGUUUGGUGUACGAGAGAUGCUCUCACUCGGAGACGCUCAGAAUCCAUCUGGGGGAUUCAGGCAGAUCACUCACUAGUGGAUAUCCAGUCCCGAUCUCUACCCGUCCCCAGCGACGACUACACGCCGGUGCCUUGGAUGAUGCAUUACCACGAGGACUUUGAGUAG